AUGGCUACCCUCAACAGACUGCUGCUAGUGCUGAUAGUGAUAGAAUGCAGCACCGCAAACUGUACGGAGUCCGCUACAACCGUCCAUUCACGGUUGAAACGUUGGAUCACAUUUUACCCGAAUGGAGGAACAGCAAAACUCGUAAUGGGUUGCAUCGUACCGAUCAAGUUCCAUCAUAAAUUGUUCCGACAGAUCAAUAUGAUUUAUAACUUCCAAGCGAACUACAACAUACCGGCGAACAUCAUUUGGCCAGUUCCAUCAAAUAUCUUUAAGGUGCGUGGCAACAAUGACUACGUAGACCAAAGCCGGGGACAGUUGUACCGACUGCUGGAAAAGAUGAUCGACGAACUUGGCAGCAACGGGCGCGAAUGUGUGUUGAGAGCUAUCUGCGAGGUGGCUGAGGCACCCCUCAGCGACAAUGGGAUGAUUGGAGAGAUCAUCGAUGUAGUGUUUACCCCAUAUGAUUCGGACGAAAUCGACGAAGCGUACCGGCAGGCGAAAGCGAAUGGCUCAAAUGGGGCGGACUGUGUCCAGCUGUACAGGGACUGUCCUUUUGGGCAUGGGCUGCUCGAAAAGGUGUCGGUUAAACUGUUGGUGUGA